AUGAAGCUCAAUCAGACCAAGAUAUUGAACUUUAUAUUGAUGACGAUAAGGUCAUCAUUUCAAUCAAUAGGUAUUGAACAUUCACAAAUAGACCAGAUCAUAUACAAGUUGUUACCAAAUGGUCCAAUCUAUGAUGUACUCAACUCUGACAUCGUAUCAUUGUUAUCAUCCACAAUAUCAAUUGACUCGAUCAGUCCUACUAUAUUUAAAUCAAUGGUAUUGUCUACAUUGAUCAACAACAAAAACUCUGUCGACACAUACAUCAAGUUGUUGAGAAGAUAUCAAUCUCAUCGAGUUGAUAUCAUCAGUGAUGUUGAUGUACUCGAUACACUGUUCCGAUGUAGGUCAUCAUCAGACAUAAUCAAAGUGAUGGAUACCUACAACACAAUCAAACCAUUUUGCUACAAUACUUGUCUCACUCCUCUGGUACCUUGCUGUGCACUCAGACAUAAAAGAGAUGAUGUAUACAUACUCAUGUUAUGUUAUAACUUCGACUGGCACAGUAUACCAGACACACCAAGUCUAAGAGCAAUGGUCGAUCAGUGCCAGGACACUUCCCUUAAGGACUUCUACGAGGGGAUAUGGGCCGUAUCACACAUGCCAGACUUGGUCGAACCGAAUGAAGUCUUGGAUCCAGCCCACAUUAGAAUGCUCUUGGAGGAAGAGGUGUAUCCAUCAACGCCUUACUUGUUGAGCCGAGUGCGCAUCUCAAUGAUCUCAGCCAUCGAGAGUGAUGAUGUUGUGGCCGUGCAACAGAUACUUGCCAAAUACCCUUCGAUCGUGUACACUAUCCCCAUCGAUACGCUACUCUUCCAAGCCUCCCAAGCAAUCCAAGACAUACUCAUUGGGACAUUGAUUCCGGGCCAGCUGAUUAUUGAAGCAGAGAAUGAUGACACAUGGUUGGAGGAUGUCUUGGAGAGACGACUCAUCACUCGACCAAACAUCUUCUCGAAUCUUUUUCACACUGUACACUUGAACAGUCAGAACAUCGACGCCAAGUAUGUCCUGUACCACAUGGCCAAGAUCCACUCGAGCCUCACCAAAGACCUCCUCCAGCCCUUUAGGGAGAUGCGCCAGUUCGAUCAUAUCACAGGCAAGUCAUGUAUCUUGGGUGACAUCACCGAUGAUGGAGUGAUCAUACCUCAACCUAUAAUGAAUGAGAUAAUGAUUCGAUUCUGUCUUACAUCAAUGUGGUCGAUCACUCCAGGUAUUUCAUCAAGUCUGUGGAGCAAGCUGAGCAAGGACUCCAAGAUGGACCAGUCAUUCAUCAAGGAAUCAUUGGCCAACUGUUUAAAUGUACAUUUAAUAUGUACGGCUAUCAAU